AAACUUGGAAUAGCUAGUUUUACUUAAUUUCUACUUACUCCUCACCUACUAAAUAUCUGGAAAACUCCUCAUAGUCUUUAACUUGGAUGUUUUCUUGGGCAUAGUUUUGGGAUAUUUUAGUGUCUCCUACCAAGAUCUCAUGAACUGCUAAGACCGGCCAGCUCAUAUCAUGGCUCCAAUGGUUGAAGAACUCCAAUUUCCUCAUCUUGAAAUACCUCUAACUGUUAAUUCUAUAUCUCCAAUAUUACCUGCAAAUCCCAUCCCCGCAUCCCAUGGUGAUAGCCUUUACCUAUCAAAUCUAGAUGAUAUGAUCGGAGCUCGCGUUUUUACUCCAACUAUGUACUUCUAUCGCGAUGCAGGGAAACCGGCUGUCAUCAAAGUAUUAAAAGAAGCUCUUGCAAGUGUACUGGUGCCAUAUUAUCCAUUCUCUGGUAGGCUACGAGAAACAGAAAAUGGUAAGUUGGAGGUGUUUUUUGGACCUAACCAAGGCGUUCUCCUAGUUGAGGCACGUUCAGAAAUGACGCUAGCCAAUCUUGGAGAUUUAAGUGUGCCAAAUCCAGCAUGGACAAACUUGGUUUACAGCUUUCCAAAUGAAGAACAAUACAAAGUGAUUGAUAUGCCAUUGCUAAUAGCACAAGUGACAAGAUUCAGGUGUGGUGGAUUUAGCCUGGGAUUAAGAAUUUGUCAUUGCCUUUGUGAUGGGGUUGGAGCAAUGCAGUUCCUUAGUGCUUGGGCUGCCACAGCAAGAUUGAGCUCAUUGACAGUUAACCCCAAGCCAUGUUGGGAUCGGGAAAUACUGAGGCCCCGUGAUCCACCAUUGGUUCAACACCCACACAUUGAAUUCAAGAGAAUAGAUGAUGGAUCAAGCUUAACGAGGAGUCUUUGGGUAGUGAAGCCAGUUCAAAAGUGUUAUCGUGUUAGCCGAGAGUACCAAGCCCAUUUGAAGAGGUUGGUGCAGUCAUCAGUUGGUAAUUUCUCAUGCACCACCUUUGAUGCAAUGGCAGCUCAUGUAUGGAGAUCAUGGGUCAAGGCACUAGAUGUUAGGCCUCUUGAUUACGAGUUGAGGCUAACAUUUUCGGUGAAUGGCAGAUCAAGGCUUACAAAUCCACCACUGAAACAAGGCUUCUAUGGGAAUGCAGUAUGUGUGGCAUGUGCCACUAGCACUGUCUCAGGCCUCGUCAAUGGGCCUCUUUCGGACACAACACUUUUGGUUCGAAAGGCAAGGCUUUCAGUCUCCGAGGCAUAUUUGAGAUCCACAAUUGAUUAUAUCCAACUACAUAGGCCUACCAGGCUAGAAUUUGGUGGGAAGCUCACAAUAACCCAAUGGACCAGAUUCUCAAUGUACGAAACUGCGGAUUUUGGUUGGGGCAGACCCAUUUACGCAGGCCCAAUUGAUCUGACACCCACCCCACAGGUUUGUGUUUUCUUGCCACAGGGAGGGGAUGAUGAUUCUGAUUCUGAUGGAACCAUGCUCGUCUGCAUUUGCUUGCCGGAGGCUGCUUGCCAUAGAUUCAGAGACCUUUUCUGCCUCUUCGAUUCAGACUAUCAAUUGCCUUGUUAAAAUGUCAGCUACUUCGUCGCAGCAUCAAACCGCUUUCUAUCUAAACUUUUCAGAUCAAGCAACUAACAUUUGCUUUUACCCAAACUUGA